AAUGGCGUCAAGUCAAACGAGGGUCGUGUCGAGGUUCUCUACUCUAAAGAAGGACUGGGUGAAAGCUGGGGAACAGUCUGUGACGACCAAUGGGACUUGGACGACGCGAAGGUAGUAUGCCGUGCACUGGGUCUACCGGACGCUAUAGCUGCUACAAGAGAAGCAACUUUUGGCCCAGGAACUGGGAAAAUAUGGCUUACUUUGGUGGGAUGUGACGGAGACGAAAACUCGCUUGAAGAGUGUUAUUAUACUGACUACCAGCGUGUGAUCUGUAACCAUGGUGAAGAUGCCGGGGUGGUGUGUGGUGAACCAAGCGUUACUAGUAUCACCGUCACGAACUGGACUGGRGUGCUCACGAGCCCGGGUUAUCCAGCACAAAUGGGAAGAGGACAGUACGAAUGGACUUUCAAUAUUCCUAAUUCGCAAUAUGAACUUGUUGUGAUUUGUUUUGAAACCUUCAACAUCGAUCACGAUUUUGGAGCUACCCUUGACAGCCGCGUUUACGUCGAAGAUGCCAACCAAGAACGAAUCCCAGUAAAUGAAGGGGAUGGGAAAUGUGUCCACAUUAUGAGCAAUGUAGGGAAAAUCGUCUUCUACUCACCGCUGACAUCGCUACCCGAUUCUGAUCCCAGAGGAAUCAAGAUUCGAUAUGCUAUAAUCGAAAAGGCAUCAGUAAAAAAUGCUUGUAAAGGAUGGGAUAUUMAUGCUAGUGGAGGAGCUGGCCGUAUCGAAAUGUCAUGGAGCACUCCAGAACCCAGCUACACGUACAUUGUUGCUUACAAUUCUACGCCGGAUUCAAUCAACAUAGAUAUAACGAAUUCAACUGCUGUUACUUUUGAAUACUUGGAUGUAAAGACAACGUACUCUGUCUACGUGCUAGCUCUACCUCUGAAAGAAGACAAUAAAUGGUAUUUUUGCACCAAAAACGUGUUAACUAAUAAAGAUCGAACUCGUCUCUACGGUGGUGCAUCACGAAAUCAAGGGUACUUAGAGGUUUAUGAGGAUGGUGCUUGGAUUGAUGUAUGCGAUGAUUCAGAUUGGGGACUCAAAGAUGCGACCGUUGCAUGUCGUUCUUUUGGAAUGAAAGGGCCUUCUUCCCUCUCAAAUGAUUUUGAGCGAGGAACYCAGACAAUAUUUGGCACCAAAGAUACAAGCAAUCAAAAAGGAAUGUGGUUCUUACGAUGCGAAGGAAAUGAAGAAUCUCUUCAGAAAUGCCCAAUUCCAUUUUUGUGGAGGAGUCCCUGUCGUGAAGUGACAAGUUUAGUUUGUAUACAAGAUAAAACGACAGCUGCUCCUGCAACAAUACCAACAACUGCAGCAUCUACUACUUCAUCAUCAAUAAGAACAACAGAAUAUUCCACUAUAACAUCUACUGAAGGAGUAACAGAAUCUGCAACUGAUAAAGCUACUGAAGGAGUAACAGAAUCUGCAACUGACUCACCAACUGAAGGAGCAACAGAAUCUGAAACUGAUUCACCUACUGAAGGAGCAACAGAAUCUCCAACUGAUAAAGCUACUGAAGGAGUAACAGAAUCUGCAACUGAUUCACCUACUGAAGGAGCAACAGAAUCUGCAACUGAUCAAGCAAAGUCCAUUAUCAAUACUCCGAGAACUCAUGCUUUAAUCGAUGUUACAGCUGAGAAAGUUACGGAAUCUGUUACUGAUGCUGGAGUGAAAAAGGAAGCAACACCUACUGACGGAUCAACACCUACUGAUGGAGUUACACCUUCUGAUGGUGCAACAGCAACUGAUGGAGACACACCUACUGAUGGAACCGCACCUAGUGAUGGAGUCACACCUUCUGAUAGUUCAACACCAACUGAUGGAGUCACACCUACUGAUGGAGCAACACUUACUGAUGGAGCAACACCUGCUGAUGGAGCAACACCUGCUGAUGGAGCAACACCUACAACACCUACUGAUGGAGCAACACCAACUGAUGGAGCAACACCUAGUGAUGGAGACACACCUACUGAUGGGGCAACACCUACUGAUGGAGACACACCUACUGAUGGAGCAACACCUACUGAUGGAUCAACACCUAGUGAUGGAGCAACACCUACUGAUGGAGCAGCAUCUGUGUCCAGUACUGUUGAGACGACGACUAAACGUCMAAAAUUAAUACGCCUCAAAGAUGGACUAAGGCAGAAUGAAGGACGUGUUCAGGUCUACAGGCAAGGAUAUUGGCUACAUAUUUGCUUUGAUGGAUGGAACCUAAAGCAUGCUUCACUUGUAUGCAGUUACCUSGGACUACCUGCUCCAACUUAUGCUGUUAAAGAAGAAGUCUUUAUGGGAUACGUUUCUCGUAAAAGAGUCAAUAUCGAUUUUAUCAAAUGYUCGGACAAUGAUACAAGUCUUUUAGAUUGUGAACUCAAAGUAGAUGAUUACUGGAAUCAUUGCUACAAGACAAAAUACGCAAGCGUUGUUUGUGGAAAACUUCGAGAAAAGCAGUAUACUCUGACAGRCAACAGUGGCAAAAUAAACAAGUACGCUAAAACAGAUGAACUUUUGGGUGGUCGGUACACAUGGCAGUUCAGACCAUCUGAUCCGUAUUCACGGAUUGUCAUAUGUGUGGASAGGUUUUUCAUUCCGAAGGCUAGUAAAGGCCAGUUGUAUAAUGUUACUCUCAGCGGCGAAGGCAAUGUUCUUGUUCUUGAUAAUAGUAUCAAAAGUGGAACUUGCUAUGAAUUCACUCAAACACAAGUCCAACUCGAUGCGGUACUUCCUCUUUCACUGAGGACACAAGCAUUCAAUGGAUUUCAGCUGAGUUAUUUCGCACUUAAUCACACAAAAGGUUUAUGCGRUGAUAACUUUAAGCUGUCUAUCACCAAYGAUCCUGGAAAAAUUAAGCUUAACUGGAAUGCACCAAGCGACGCAAUUAGCUCUAACUUCACGUAUGUYGUUGUUGUUAAYAAAAAUGGUCACAAUCAACAACUAUUUACSACMACCGCGACUUCAUAYCUCUAUGAUUAUGUGAGCCCAGACACAGACUACGAUUUUGAAGUACACGCUGUACCUCUAGAUAAAGACGAAACUGUUUCCUACUGCUUYGAGCGCGUCAAAUCUAGAAAAGAAACCUGGCGAUUGCAAGGUGGRAUAUUAGAAAAUGAAGGCAUGGUGGAGGUCUAUUACGAAAACGAGUGGGGYUCAAUUUGUAUAGGAUCAGGCUGGUUUCUUAAUUGGGACUAUAACGCCGCAAAGGUCGCCUGCCGGUCAGUUGGGCUGCCUCCUCCCCCCAUGGAAGUGGCUUUAUCGAAAUWUCCAGAAUUCACAGAAACCGCCAAAGUGAGAUGGAUGAAUAACGUGAAAUGCGAAGGAAAUGAGAGUAGUCUUGAUCAAUGCCAACACGAUGGAAURAAGAAAUUCAGAUGUUACGGCUACGCGGCUAACGUAGUUUGUGGUGUGCCAAAGCUCAAGGAGAUUGUCAUAAGCGAUCGCAAAGGAGUUAUUGCUAGUCCUGGAUAUCCACUUUACUUGACUCAAGCUCACUACGAAUGGUCUUUCGAGACAGAUAUGCCUAAUGCCAAAGUUGUUCUCUACUUUGAAGAAGUCACUAUUCCAGGGAGACGAAUACCGAAAUAUAGCUCCAUCAAGGUUUACGAUAAUAAUACAGUUAAUAUGGAUUUCAAAAAAGCAAGAGACAGUGUUGUGGUCGCGUCACCUAAUGUUAAGAUAUCAUACCUUACAUACAUGACAUAUAUUUAUGUUUAUGUGUAUCCGAGAAAGCGUAUACGACCAGGAAUGAAGAUGCGCUAUUGGGUUAUUAAUGAAUCAUGUCCCAAAGACUGGAACGUUGAACUUAAGACAACGCCUGGUUUGGUCACGGCCGAGUGGCCUUCUCCUUCAAAUACACAGACAUACAAAUAUGCCAUUACGCUCAACACCACUUCUUGGACGUCAACCACAGUUAUAACGAAAAAAACUUCAUACCAAUUUAAAGAUCUUGCUCCAAACGUUCAUGUUACUGUCAGUGUGAUAGCUAUUCCAGAAGACAGUASCCAAGAACUGAAAAUUUGCUCAAAGGACAUCAAGGUCCACAAUGGAACAACGCGUAUCAUUGACGGGUCAAAUAAUCAAGAAGGCAUUGUUCUGGUAUACCAGGCAACAGCACCCUCUUACCGUAACAAGAGAUGGGGUUUCAUCUGCGGAGAUAAGUGGACCAUAAAAGAAGCUGAAGUAGUGUGUAAAUCGUUGGGUUUACCCGAUGCAACUUUUUCAUAUACAAAGAUAACCUGGAGCUCAGAAUAUAAAAGGCUUCUGACUAGUGUGAAGUGCACUGGAAAUGAGGAAUCUGUCAAUGAUUGCCAAUAUUUGGGUUGGGAAAGGGCGAGGUUUUGUUAUGGACCUGUAGCAGCCGUCGUUUGUGGUGUACCUAAUGUCGAAGAGAUAAACGUCAYAGAGUCGUCCGGGAUAUUAAUGAGUCCAGGAUAUCGGAGUGAAAUGCUAAUGGCGCAUCGUGUCUGGACAAUCCGACCUGCUCGACCUGAAUCCAAAGUUGUGAUGUACCUUCAUUCUGGGAGUGUUGAAAGGAGCCUGGGGGACUCCCUCUUAACAAUUCAAGAUGGAUCAGGCAAUGUUGUCUAUCAAGUGAAAAAYAGCGUGUAUGGAAGUCGAUUCUUCGAGAUAUCAUCUCUUCCUGUUCGAGUGGAAUACUAUUCAUCCUACACGUAUCAAUAUCCUCAUAAUUUUAACAACGGAAUUAAGCUGCGAUAUCUGGUUUUAAAUGCSGAAAAUAAAUGCAGUAAUAACUUCACAAUCAAAGUUGGUAGCUUUUAUGGUCGGUUGACUCCAUCCGCAACCAAGAUUAGUGAAUAUAGCACAGAAAGUAMCUAUGUGUAUGGACUUAGACGUACCGGUUCUAAUGAGCCUGARACCAUUCGACUUGAUAACUACCAUUUUGGUACCCCAUUCAACUGGCUUAUUCCCAAUACAGUUUACACAGCAAGGGUGUUUGCAUACCACCUCAAAGACGGCAGUUCCUAUUACUGCGAGAAGGAUGCCAACUCAGGGAAAGCUUCGUUUCGUUUGACCGRAAGUAACUUCACUAACGAAGGCAUCGUCCAGGUGAAAUAUAGCGGUUAUAAGGGCUUUAUAUGCAGCGAUGAAUGGGAUAUAGACGACGCUACCGUCAUGUGCCGAACGCUAGGCCAACCUCCAGCAACGGCUAUUUUCUACAGAAAUACACAAAGAGAUAUGGGAAUGACACAUUUAAGCCAUGUCAACUGCUCUGGACAUGAAAAAGAUAUCCAUGACUGCGGCAACAGCGGAUGGGGCUCGCGUCAUAAAGGGAAGGCGUGUGCGCUUGCUGCAGGAGUUGUUUGUGGACCACCAAAGGAGUCAAUCAAAAACAUGACAGGUCUUACAGGGCAGAUAACAAGUCCAGGUUUCCAAAAUACCUUAGAGCAAGCAAAUUAUGAAUGGAAUUUUAUCCCAAACAUUGAAAAUGCAGAAGUUCUCCUUUGUGUAUUUAGCUUGGAUCUGAAUCGAUGGCAAUCUACAAGCACCACAUUAAGCGUUACAGAUGGUAAUGGAACUCAACUGUUCWACGCAAAGAACAAGAAAUUCAGUGAUCGAUUCCAUGUUCUCAUCGAAAAUACUCCAGGGAAAAUGAUUCUCAAUUCACCAUUCAGUUCAUCMCAUCCUGGCGAAACCAAAGGCUUUAAGAUGAGAUAUUUUGCAUAUAAUGAUAAAUGCAAGGGAAGCAAUUGGAAAACUCUACAGAUAAACGUGUCUUCAGGGACAAUUGACAUAGCUUGGAAACCAUCAAGAUUAUUAACCAAAGUGGCAGCUGUUUACUAUCUCACGAAGGACGACAUUCAAUCUAAACCUUCAGGCUUCACCAGAGUUAAGCUCGACAAUUUGGAACCAGACAGUCUCUAUACGGUCCGCCUGUUUGAAUUUUUACCUGGAUCCUCAGAUAUGAAUUAUUGUACAAAGAAGAUAAGAACUUCAAAAGUGGAUUGGCGAAUCAUUGGGGGAGAGCUGUCCAUAGARGGUAGAGUCGAGGUCAAGUACAAAGGCAAAUGGGGAAGUGUUUGUGGGGACCAGAUGUGGAAUCUUGUCGAUGCGUCUGUUUUCUGCAAAUCAUUGGGUCUGCCUGAAGCCACCAUGGCACUGAAGCAUCAUGAAUUUGGACGGAAAACCGAUAGCGUUUGGCUAAAUAAAUUAAUGUGCACUGGAACWGAGUCGAGUCUUGCUGACUGCCCUCAUGGUGGAUGGGGAGAAAAGAAAAGCUCUUGCUAUUAUCCUGCCAGUGUGGUGUGUGGAAAACCUAAAGUUGAAGAGAAGAAUAUCACCAGCCAGUACGGUACGAUAUCUAGUCGUGGAUACCCUAAAAUGAUGACCAUAGCACAUCUAGAGUGGAUUCUCACUCCUACCUCUUCACAUAACAAGAUCUUGCUUUUGUUUGAAGAUGCGAACUUGUAUCGCUACAAAGGUCUGGCAAGUCUAGUUGUCCAGGCAGGCGACAGGUCUGAUCUCCUGGUUGUUAAGAAUGAAGAGCUGAAUUCAAACGACAAACGAUUGUUCAUCGUGGAUAGCCUUCCCGUCAAAAUCAGCUAUGAGUCAUCGUACACUUUCAAAACAAGAGAAGAUCAAGGGUUGAAGAUGCAUUAUGCCUUCUUCAAUGAUCUUUGCCCCGACUGGAGAAUAAAAGCACGAGGUGGAUUAGGCAAAGUUGAUGUGAUCUGGACACAGCCAAGCACAGAUACUAACUACACCUACUAYCUCGUUUACACGUCAAAACGAAAUGAAACAGCAGCCUUACAAGUCAGCUCKAUGACAUAUACCAUCGACGAUCUACCGCCCAGUUCAUCAGUUACAGUAACGGUUAUAGCCGUACCUGAUGUUGAGGGAGAAAGCGUACAGUACUGCACUAGGAGCACAGUUGUCAAUGAUGAGAACGUAAGACUGACUGGUGGCCUGGUAACAAACGAAGGACGACUCGAACUUUAUAUUGCAGAUAAAACAAAAUGGAUGACAAUCUGCUCUGAUGAUUGGCAUGAGAAUAAUAGCAUAGUCGCUUGUCGAUCUUUAGGUCUACCGGAACCAACAUGGACAUUUGAUUAUGCUUCCCCGUUCUACGACAGAAUGAGUCAUUUUGUUAGACCACUGAAUUGUGCCGGAAACGAGAGUAGCCUUCUAGAAUGCCCAGUCCAUGACGGAUGGUCCUCUUAUUGUUCAAAGAAAGGAUAUCCAGCAAGCGUAAUAUGCGGUAAACCAGCAGAAUGCAAAAAGGUUAUAAAAGAUAAUUUGAUUGGAAUGGUUAAAUACGAUAGAUACUUUGCUGAUAGGAAACUGAAUUGCUCGUGGGAACUCGAAGCGCCAUCUAGCACAGUCCCUGUAGUACUGGUGGUCACAAGGCUACUUCUCUAUCAUAGAGCAGAUUGCAGUGAUACRUAUCUUAGUUUUAUCGAUGGUCAUGGACGAGAAAUCAAACGCAUAUGUCCAGGCACAAAAGGACCCUUCACGAUUGUGACGUUUGGAAAGCUUUUGAUAAAUCUAAGCUCGGACAAACAUUGGGCAAGUGUGGAUCUGGAGGCCGAUUAUGAUAUGUCUGGAGAUAAGCUAGAACAAUAUCCAUAUCAACCCAGUUGGACCAUAAAUACCCAAGUAGACAAUGACACACGCACGCURACGGUCCAUUGGAAAAGCUACAUUCUCACUAGUAAAGACAAAGCUUCUGGCUUGAGUCGCAUUGAACGUUACACAGCKGUYWCUGUCAAUCAGAACGACAAAUCAAAAGUCUAUGCAAUUACUACAGAUCCUGACAAAACUGUGGCCAGUUUCACUGAUAUGGAGCUAUACUCYAAUUAUAAAGUACAUGUUGUCGUGUAUUUGAGUGGUGAUGAUKCUGUCAACUGGAAAACGGCGCUCCGACAGAGCAAAACUGAAAUGGUCUUCAUGGAAGGUCCUAGAAUUCCUGUAAGUCUCGUAGCCAAGGCCUUGGACUUCCAAACCAUAAAGGUGUCAUUUGAACCAGCUAGGCCAAGACAUCCAGACAUUUUGAAAUUUAGAGUCGACGUCACAAUACCGUCGUAUUGGUACAAUUAUGAACGGAUAUUCUAUCCUGGAGGUAGUAAAUAUAAAGCAGAAUUYCGUUCCCUAACCCCGAACACGACUUAUGAAGUAAAUCUUGUGGAAUUAUACAAGAAUCGAAGCGAAGUGACACGUCGUUCUGUCUUGGUUACGACACCUCCCAUUGAACCACUUCAAGUGACAGCCACAGUUUUAGGUCCCAGAGUGAUCGAAGUAGCAUGGAAUCGUAGCAUCCCGACGCCUUCUGGAAUUACUAGAAUUAUAAUCCAUGCUGAUAGAAUAAACCCUUACGAUGGAUCAUUGUURGUCAGUUCCAUAGAGCCAAUGAUUUAUAACCAACCAACUAAAGUGUUAUUUGAGUACGAAUACCCAAACACYACUUACAUUGUGCGUGUCAUUGAACAGUACAAAUACCAUGGGAUAAGGAUUUCAACAAAACCAUUCAAUGUUACAACAGACUCGGUAAUACAGUGCUAUCAAUGCAACAGCACAACCACCGAAGACGAAUGUCAAAACAGCAACAGUGAAUGUCCAAUUAACCCAACAGAAAACUACAAUUACUGCGUAACGGUCACAGAAGGUGGUAGUGUGACAAAAUCUUGCGCUACCCGGAGUUCRUGCAGAAAAAAGAAAUUUUGYGAAGGMAAAAAGGAUUGCAGUGCAUCGUGUUGUAAAACUCACGGAUGCAACGCGUGACGUAACCGUCACAUGAAUUAGAAUUUGGUCUCAGGCCGCGGUUCAGACGUCAAUAUUUCGUCGCUCCUUGUGUAUUUAAUGGGGUUUGGUUCAUGAGCAGUUCACACUGAAAGUAUUCACAUUUUUUUUUAAUUUUGUUCAAUCUCGAGCCCAGAGUCUUCACGGCUAAUGUCUCACGCAUUGACUUCCGCUGGAUGGCAAGAGUGCGGGCUCUGGGUACGAGAUUGAAUUUUGUUCAGCUGAACGAGCUCAAUAUUAUCCGUAAAAGCCAUUUGAUUUACAAAUACCAUUUUAAAUUUCUCAUAGUGAAMUACAAUUAASMAGUUAGAUUGGACGCGGCGAAAAAUCGACGUCUGAACCAGGUUUUAGCUUCCUGGUAUGUUAUUAACAUAUAAGCAGUGUUCACAUCCAAAAACGCUUAGGAAAGGUUUUUUCCAGUAUUUUCUGACUACCUUCAAUUUCUAUAUACAAAAAAAAACAAAACACAAAAAAACUCGAAAAUAAAACAAAAUAAAUGACAAUUAAUUUAAUAUAAAAAUAAACAAAACAAAAACGUUGUUUUGUAAAGAUCGGCUACAUUGAUCACUGAUUGAUUUGCAGGCAAAUCUGAUAUUAAAAACACAACAAAUAAGACUUAAAUUGCUAUGUUGUAGUCAGAGAAUUCUGGAGAUGAAUGAUAAUGUGUUUGCAUAUAUACAAAACCCCGCUGACGUUUGUAAAAAACUUAACACGGGCUCAGGAAUGAGAUAAAACUCCAAAUUAAUGAUUAAUAUUGGGCUUACAAAUUCAUUUUAUUUCGCUUUUUAUAUAAAAAUGACUAUUAGCAUAUUAAAAUUGUUUUAUUUUAUAUUAGAAGCGACAACAUCAUUUAAGAUGGAUUUAAUCUGAAUCUAAAAAUACAAUGAUUCCUUCAUGCUGCUAUGUACGUCGCCUUGUUCGGCUACACGCAGGUAAUUUUUCCACGGAUGACGUCAUGCUUACUGUGACGAAGUGGAUUAUKGUAUUGAUGAAAAUAUAAAGAUGACGGAUAUUUUAGGUGAMGUUUMAMCGUUUUUUAACGCUGUUGCUUUCAAAAGUGAGAUGAUGAUAAAAAAUGAUUUGUUAUUCAACAURUAAAAGUGUACAAUAAAUAUCAUUUAAUUUCAA